UCUUAAUAAUGUAAAAUUACAAAAUCCUGUGAAGAGGACAUGGCAUAUUCGGUAUGUCAGAAUUUAGCGCCAGUUUUUUUCAAUCUCCCAUGUUUGUCCCCUGAGGCAAAAACAAACAGGUUUUACAACAACAGUUUGUUCGUUCAAUCGUUAUGUCCGAUGAAUUCCCCUAUUCAAGCUUUCCAAAUUAGUUUAUUAACUCUUCGGUAAAUGCAUUUAAGAGUUUAUUUGAGUGAUAUACGUUUUAUUAUGGUGUGACUUUACCAUUUGCAAUUUAAGGCUAAGGCCUACCUGUGGCUUUCAACAUUGGAUAUUUUAGGACUGAAAAUGCAUAAAUUCAAUAAUUGUGUGAAAGUGCAGUUUGAGAUAGGCCAUGAAGCCAGUCUUCGGUCAGAAGUUACGCCUCAAGGCUUCACACACGAUUGGCUCGUCUUUGUCAGAGGUGCAGACAACACAGAUAUACAUCACUUUGUAGAGAAGGUCGUUUUCCACCUGCAUGAAUCGUUUCCUAAGCCAAAACGAGUUGUAAAGGAGCCUCCUUAUGAAGUGAAGGAGUCUGGAUAUGCUAGUUUCACUUUCCCUAUCGAAGUUUACCUCAAGACCAAGGAUGAACCUAGGAAGCUGGACUUCAUCUAUGAUCUGUCUCUCAAUACCAGCGGGCCUAUCCGCAUUUCUCAGCGGGAGAAAAGGAUAUUCAAUAACCCUUCGGAGGAGUUCAGGCGGAAACUUAUACGUGGAGGCGGGGUUGGUGUGGGUCCUGACAUGUUGCCGCUUACGGACAGCAACUCGCAAAACACGGAUGAAAAAAGUUCCUCCAAGAAAUCCAGCGGCGACUCAACGAAAAAACAUAAAUCUAAGGAUUCAGUGAAGCCUGAAGAUUUAAGGUCGAGCAACCAGUUUGCUGAUUUGUUCGGCACACCCAUCAAGACUGCUAAGCUCUCGCCUACCACUGCUUCCAAAAAAACUGAAUCCAAACAUUCAUCAGAUUCUAAAUUGUCAUCUAAAUCUUCAAAACACAGUCCUCACAAAGAGAAAGAAAAAGAAAGCAGCAAGAAAGAAACUAUGAUCCCAAGCUCAAACAAAGAAAAAGACAGAGAAAGAAGACCAGACAAAGAGAAAAAACCUGAAAAGUCAUUGAAGCGGCCACCUUCUCCUUCUGUGGCUCCUCCUCCUGCCAAAACGCUCAAGGAGGAGCUGAAGAAGUCCAGCUUUGAUGAGGCUAAAGAGAAGGAGAAAAUGAAGUCAUCGUCCAGUGAUAUCAGCAAGAGUGAGAAGAAAGAAAAGAAAAAGGAUAAGAAGAGCCGAGACGAAAAAGAUAAAAAAGACAGGCAUAAAGAAUCUGAAAGCAAAAUCCCAACACCAGCACCGCCAGUUCCUCAACCUCCUGUUGAAAGAGAGAAAGAGAAAGUUGUUGAAAAGUUUGAGAAAAUUAAACCUGACUUUAAAGAACUUAAGGAAAAUAUUAAGAAGUCACCCAAACACAGCAAGGAGGAAAAGGUCAAAGAAAAAAUUGAUAAAGAGAAGACUGAAACUGUUGAAAAACAGCGGCACAAGCAUAAGAAAAAAGAGAAAAACAAAAAGGAAGACAAAGAGUUGAAAGAGAAAGAAAAAUCUGCUAAGAAAGUAGAAAAGUUUCAACCUGCCGUUCCAGUUCCUAAGGAUCCCUCGCCACCUCCUCAACCCCCUCCGGCCAAAGUAAGGCCGAGAUCCCCUAGUCCUAAGAUGAGCAAAAACUCAAAUCCUCUGGGCACUCUCAUGUCAGAACUCAACUCAUCUGACAAAGGCUCAGACUCUGAAUCUUCUGCUGACGAAGACACUGCAAGUGUUGACAAGAUGAAAAUGACACCUCCCUCCCCUCCUCCCCCUGCACCUACCCCUCCCAUCUCCAGGACACCUGAGCGAGUCAAGGAAGACAAACCUCAUAAAGACAAAAUGAAGAAAAAGGAUAAGAAGAGUUCGUCUAAAGACGAGGAUGGGAUCAAAAAGAAGAAGCGGAAGAGUAAGGAAAAAGAAGAAGUGGUUCCAGAGAAGAUAGCCAAAUUGAAACCAGAAGAGGAACACAAACCGGUGAGAGAGGAGACUGUAGAAGAGGAUGUAGAGGACAGACUCUCGGAGUCACCUCCGCGAGAGGAGCAGGAAGUGUCCAGGUCUAGAUCUCCUACUCCACCCACUAAGUUUACAGAAGAAUAUGUGAUGGAACUGAAGGAUCUCCAGCAGAAGAUAAUGACAUUAGAGGACAAUGCUGAACUGCAAAGGGUGGUCCAAGUGAUUGCUGAAACGGGACAGUAUGAAAUUACCAAAAAGACUUUUGACUUUGAUCUCUGUGCCCUGGACAAAAGUACAGUGAAAAGGUUACAGGACCUAUUCUUUCCUGCCUCAUGACCGUGAAAAAACCUACUACUGUUGUAUCAUAAUUUGUUUUGUUUUUGUUUUGUCUUUAUGUUAUUUUUGUUGUAAAUUUUUUUUAUUCGUUAGACAAUAUUUCGAUUGUUUUUAUUAUUUCUAGCGCAGGCAUUUACAUUUACGCGAACGUGUUUUAUACAUUAUUGUGACGAGCCAUAUAAAUUUUAAAGUACCCUAUACAUAAUUUAUAAUAGGACUGUAUGAAAUGACUUUUGUAUAUGUUGAUGCAAUAUUCUUCACAAAUUUAUUGUUUAUGUAAAUUUGUUAAAUACAUAAUAUAUUGUGUGUGAGUGUUUAUUUUAUCAAAGAUUUUAAAAUAGGAUUUAAUUUUGUUAACAUGAUUUGUAACAUAUAUUAAUAAGUUUUAUUAUUUAAGAAUAAAUUGGCCUAAAGUAUUUAAGUGUAAAGGCAUAUAAAUUAUUUGAUAUUGAUUUAAAGGGUUGAAUGAAAGCUUUAAAUUGUGUUCAACACUUUUGACAUAUUUAUUAUAUGAUCUUCAUCUUCGAGACCAUAUUGUUUAUGUUUUUUAAUACAAAAUAAUUUAUUUCUGGAUUGUUAUAAUUUUGUCAAAAUCAGUAUUUAUUCGAGUUGUCUUGCAAUGUUGUCUGUAAAUUGUAUCCUAAAAUGUUUAGUGUUCAUAUUUUUUGUAAAGAUUUUCAUGGAAAAUGUUUAAACUAAUGAUUUUAUAUCAUGUUUUGUAAACGUGGUUAGUGUUUGAGGUGAUAUUUUGUUCGUUUUUCUCAACAAAAUUGUCUUAUUAAACAUGUCUU